GUUUAUUUUGAUGUCAGUAAUAUAAGUGUGUUGUUAGUGUGAAGCCUGAUUAUGGAGGCUUGGAAAAGUCACGUGCGAUCAGCACUGAUUUACAGGGACUGCAGACAGAAAGAGCCUUUCUAUGGACUCUUCACUAAAGUGUCUAGAUUAGAAGAAAUGUUAAGUCUGCACACAGAUGUGUUGGAAGAUUUGGAGAGAGGCAGAACACAGAGGAGUCUAAAUAAAAAUGGAGUAUUACAAUGCCUAGGUGAGGAGAAAAAUCCAUCCAUACUUUAUCUGCAGCUCAAAGAGGAAGAGCAAGUCAGAAAAAAGCUUGGCCAGAAAGUCUCAGACCUGACCAGUGAUCUUUACAUGAAGGAGGCAGAGCUGCAGUACUGUCACUCACAAAUAAGCCGUUACCGCAGUGAAGCUGUGCUUUUGGCUAGAGGAGCAUGUUGUGUUAAAAACGAGCUGUCUGAGUACGAGUUUCAAUUGGAAAGUCAGUCAAAGCUGUUGGCCGCAUUGCAAUUGGAGCAGAAGAAACUGAGGGAGGAGCUGGCUAUCGCUCAUCGGGAGAAAGAGGAGCUACUGGAACGCUGGUUAGAGGAGAAAAGAGAGGAGGCAGAGCGAAUUAAUAAGCACAAUGCUGCACUGGAAAGGUGGAGUAAUUACGCUGGUCGACUGAGCAGGCGUCUAUAUUCCAGGCCUCGUCAGCAACUAUGGCCGACUGCUAACCCCCAAGUUAUCCAAAGAGAACCAACUGAUCAUCCAUCGAACAAGAAUGACUAAUUACUUCUUUAAUUUUCUUUUAAACUCAAUUUACUAAAAAUU